AUGGGGAUGCCAAUGCCAACUGUUGGGGGCUGGUACUGGAGCUGCUGCUGUUGCUCUCUCCUGUUGCUGGCUGCAGUCUCUUGGGCUCAGGCGCCUGACUUGUGCUCCCUGGAGUUGGGGGAGAGGAAGCCAUGUGGGUUCCCAGGCAUCAAAGCCACUCAGUGCAUCCAGCAGGGCUGCUGUUUCCACAACUCAAAGCGAACGUGCACCUCCCAGGAGUUUGCAGUCUGCACCAAGAAUGGGGAAUUCCUGAUCGUCAUCACCAAGGACGUGACUGUCCCUCAUCUGAACCUGAGCUCAGUGCAUCUGAAAGAGGGACAGGGAAAGGAGUGUGGAGCCAAAAAAAUCUCUACAGAUGUGGUGAUCUUCCAGUUCCCAGUAACCGCGUGUGGCACCCAGCAUCGGAUGAAAAGUGGGCAUUUGGUGUACGAAACAGACGUGUUGGCUGCCAGGCAGAUACUGAACGAACACGAGGGAUCAAUAACUCGAGACAGCACCUUCAGGCUUCACGUCCAGUGCAGGUACAAUGGCAGUCAGGAGGCUGACUUGCGAGUGAACCCAAUAGUUUACACACAUCCUCCCCCAUUGCCUGCCACUAUGGAGGGUCCUCUGCAUCUGCAGCUGAGAAUCGCCAAAGGUCGUGGCUACCAGACGUGGUACGUGGAGAGAGACUACCCUAUCUUGAGGCGCCUCCGGGACCCAGUGUUUGUGGAAGUUCGUGUCCUGAACCGCAACGAUCCAUCCCUUGUGCUGAUACUGCAUCACUGCUGGGCCACUCCCACCUCAGAGCCCAGACACCAAGUUCAGUGGGAUGUGCUGGUCCAUGGGUGUCCCUAUACUGGUGACAACUACAAAACCCUCCCUAUCUCAGUGGACGCUACUUCUGGUCUGCGGUUUCCAUCUCACCACAAGCGUUUUGUAGUGAAGACUUUCGUUUUCUUGGCCAGGAACUCAGACAAGCCUCUGUCUGGGGAGGUCUACCUGCACUGCAGUGCUGAGGUCUGCUCCACCUCCAGGGGAGAUGCCUGCUUCACUUCCUGCAGUCCAAAGAAGCGCAGAAGUGCUGAUGAGGGGGAGGGUGUGCUGGUGUCGGCUGAUGGACCCAUCGUGUUCAUACAGGAUGGAGUCAAGGCAGCUGUGAUGAACCCUGAGGAGGAAGGUAUUGGUGCUGUUACGGCUUCCCAGGUGCUGCCUGCGGUGGCUGCUGGUUUUUCGCUGCUCUCCCUGGCCAUGAUAACACUUGCAGUCGCUCUGUGCAGAGUGAAGAGGCCCCGUGAGGUGCGAUAUGAAUCUGGCUCCUCUGAUCUGUAG